AGCAUUCAGGACACCUAGGUAUUCAUGAGUGAUUGCGCGUUCGGCGGCGCGCAAACCCAGACAGCAAGAGCUGCUCCUCUCUGCGAUCAGGUCACUUCACAUGCAGAGCGCGUCAGCGAAGAAUACCGUCGGGCUCUUUCUGCGUCCUUCACACUUUUUCCCCCUCCCUCUUAUGAACAAAGAUGGAAAAUUAGAGCCAAAGGACGCGAAUGAUUAUAUUGGACUGCUUUGUUUUUGUGAUGAGCACCUCCGAAUCUGCUGAGGAUCGAAUAUCUGAUGGAAACUCAGCGCUUCCGCCUCCUAUCUGGCUGUGAGGAGGCAUCAGGAAACUGAAGACAGGAGACAACGUGUUCUGAAUACAAAGGAGGACAACUAUUGACACCUUUAACAGACCCUCCGCCGUGUGGCUGGACAAAGCAAAGCGGACUUUAACAAAGGAUCCCGCUUAUUAUCGGUUCCCCACUUUCCUUAGUCCUUCACCAAUACUGAAGCUUAAUUUUUAGGCAAACGUCCCCAUCCCAGGGGUAAAACUGCCUUCUCCUUUGCCGCUUUUCUUUUUUAAUCUCCCAAGCACUCGAAAAACUAACACAAAACGAAUCACCUUAGACACUUUUGUUGUCCUGCCAUGCAGUAAAGUGUUUUUAAUCCGGAGUAAAACAAUCCCGAAACGUUUCACAAUGGCUUCGCUGUAUCAGAGAUUCACCGGGAAGAUCAAUACGAACAAUUCGUUUCCGCACCCACCUGAGGCCAGCCACCUUCUCGGAGGACAGGUCGCAGACGAGGAGAACGGGACCAAGUCCUCUCACCAAGGAGCCGAGGGUCGAGCUCACGUCCAGUACAAGAAAAAGUGCUUACGGGAAGAUGAAGAUGACCUCGUGGGCAGUGCGCCUCCUCAGAGGAACUGGAAGGGAAUAGCGAUCGCCCUCCUGGUCAUCCUGAUCAUAUGCUCUCUGAUUGUCACCUCCGUUAUCUUGCUGACGCCUAGUGAAGAUGACAGCCUCGCUCUUAAGAAGAAAGUAACCUUGGAUGACGUCUUUGGAGCGGACCUCCGAAUCCAUGACCCAGACGCUAAAUGGCUUAGUGACAAAGAACUGCUGUUUCGAUCAAGAAAUGGUAAUGUUCUCAGGUUUAAUGCGGAAACACAGAAAGAGGAGAUCAUUGUGUCAAACCAGCUGUUUGACCGAUCAAAAGCUGCCAGAUACCAGUUCUCUCCAGACUUGAAACACGUGAUGUUUGCCUUUGAUGUAAAACGGAUCUAUCAAUACUCCUAUUUGGCCAAGUACAUCAUUUACAGCCUCGUGACACAGGAGACUUGGCCUUUAAAUCCCCCAGAGGUGCAUGACUCUGUUCUACAGUAUGCUGGAUGGGGACCCCAAGGCCAACAGCUGAUCUUCAUUUUUGAAAACAACAUCUACUACAGGUCGACGGUGGAUAGUCGAUCGAUCCGCCUUGUCUCGACUGGUAAAGAGGGGGUCAUCUUUAAUGGGCUUGCUGACUGGCUGUAUGAAGGUAAGGCAUCAGUGUGACAGA